UUUGAACAAUUUGAAAGUACAAUAGGUUUUAAAUUAGCUAAUCAUAGAGCAGCUAAAAAGCUUUGGAAAUGCUUAUUCAUCAUUUAUAAAUUUUAUUUUUUUAGAGGUCAAACUCCAGCAGAAGCUGAGCUUCACUAUUUAGAAAAUGCUAAAAAAUUAGCAAUGUAUGGGGUUGAUUUACAUCAAGCAAAAGAUUCUGAAGGUGUAGAUAUUAUGCUUGGAGUUUGUGCUUCUGGUUUACUUGUGUAUAGGGAUAGAUUAAGAAUUAACCGGUUUGCUUGGCCAAAAAUUUUGAAGAUAUCUUACAAACGAAAUAAUUUUUACAUCAAAAUUCGCCCUGGAGAGUUUGAACAAUUUGAAAGUACAAUAGGUUUUAAAUUAGCUAAUCAUAGAGCAGCUAAAAAGCUUUGGAAAGUAUGUGUAGAACAUCAUACAUUUUUUAGAUUAAUGUCACCAGAGCCUACACCAAAGCCUAGACUAUUCUUUCCUCGUUUUGGAUCAAAAUUCAGAUACUCAGGUCGAACACAAUAUCAAACAAGAUUGGCUAGUUCAUUAAUCGAUCGACCUCCUCCACAUUUUGAAAGGACAUUAAGUAACAAGCGUUUCACAUCUCGUAGCAUGGAUGGUGCCCUCGGCUACACCAGGAAUCGUUCCUUUCCUGAAGAAAGACCGGACGAAAGCAAGCGCCACACUCUUUCAGGUCCUCCUACAAGAAACUAUUUGGGAGAUGAAAAUCAAGAUAAGACAAAAUUAGCAAGUACACCUGAAGAAAUCAGAGAAAAAGAUAAAGAUUUAGAUGCUGAUGAGAAGAAAAAAGAAAGUAAAAAACCUGUUGGUGGUGUGGCAGUUUUACCUCCAAUGGACUUGUUGAUGAAAGAACAAAAGCAAAAUCAAAAGAAAUCACCUGAAAUUUUUAAUGGAACAGCUGAACAAUAUGAGGUUAAUAAAUUUAUAUAAAUGUAUUCUUUUGAAAUAUAAAAAAAAAG